AUGAUGGACUUCUUCAUAGCUAGUAACCACAUAAAAAUGCCAACGCCUCCUCCGGAACCGGAGCCACCGGGCUUCAACGAUCUACCGAUGGAGCUACUGCUGAAGAUCAUGAAGCUGAUCACGCUAAACGAUCGCAUCGCCGCAGGAGAAACGUGUCGCCGAUGGUUCGAAGCGUCCCAUUAUUACACACCCUUUAACGAGCUGCUGAUAUUCCGCUUUUCCAACAUUAAUUUCUGCGACAACGAACCACCGAUCAAAACCUUUCUGGAGGGGUUUCGGAUUUUUCCGCGAAUCGAAAUCAUUUCGGUGACAUUCUACGGGAACAGUGACUUCUGGCCAGACUUUGGAGAGUUCAUUUUGGAGCUGACCAUUAGAAACUGUCUCAUUCGGGAUACGGAACUGUACUGGAUAUUGCAGCAUGUGCCUAAACUUAAAAUAUUGAGGAUCGAGUCGUGUGAUGAACUGUUCCGUAUGUGGCAUUUCGAUAAAAGUUUCUACUGCUGUGAAUCUCGGUUUGUGCUGGAACACCUGGUGGAUGUUUCGCUGGCGAAUAAUGAUUUUGUGAAUGAAAUGCACUUCAACUGGAUAAUGACAAUUGCUCCCAACAUAGCCCACUUGGAUAUAUCCAAUUGUUUUAAAAUGGUGACAGCUCAACGGCGCGUUCAAAUGGUUGAUCACGUGAUGCGUUUCAUCAAUAAUAAACGUUUUCAGCUGGAGACACUGAAAUUCAGUGGAACGCUCUCGAUCGAUGACAUCUGUCUCAGCACGCUGGCCAUGUUGGACGGUUUGGCCAUAGAAAGUUUAAGUCUUACUUUCUGCGACAAAAUUCCGCCGGCCAUUAUAGAUUUGCUAAGACGGCAGCCAGAGUUGAAGAUCACCCAAGCACUGCAAUUUAAAGUGAACAAAACCAAAAAGACUAUCAAAACUCCUGGUUUUAUCAGUUUUCUAACUAUGCAGCCGAAUUUGGUGCAUCUUGAUUUGUCAUCUUCACUGGGAGUUACGGACGAAAUAAUGGAACUAAUCACCAGCACUUUGCCAAAGUUGAGAACGCUGAAGCUUAGGAGAUGCAUUUUAAUCACGGACGAAGGCAUCAUGGAUAUUGUCAAGCUGGAACACUUGGAAGUGUUGGAUCUAUCCAACUGCGAGAAAAUUUCCGAUAAAGCUAUGUUCAAUGGUGUCAUUGGACGAAAAAUGAAGAAAUUGAAGGAACUGUACUUAUGCGAACUGCCCUACCUAAGCGACUACUCACUGAUCCAAGUCACGCUCAAUUUCGAACUGAUCCAGAUUCUCGAUCUGAGCAGCUCUCCGAAUGCUGCCACCGAUGCUACGCUGCAAUACGUCAACUUUUACCUGAUACAUUUGAGACGGUUGAUCUUGUACUGCUGCACAAGGGUGACCGAUUCGGGACUCACGGGAAUCGAUCUGCCGUACAACCCGUUGGAAAUAUGGGACAUUUCGGAAUCGUUUUCAAUUGAUCGACUGUUCAAGCUGAGGGUGCUCAAUCUGACUGGAUGCUACAAAAUUACGGACUUAUCACUAGAGAAAGGGUUUUGUUUUAGCGAGCUAAAGGAACUUCAUCUUGCCAGGUGUUCGUCAAUCACAGAAAAAGGUAUUGAAGCACUGGUGAGAAACAAUAAAUCGAUAGAAUAUUUAGACUUGAGUGAGUGUCCCCAGAUAAACGAUUACUGUAUCCAGCUGAUCACGGCCGAUCUGAAGCGUUUAAGAGUUCUAAAGGUGAAUAAGUGUCCACUGCUUACGGAUGAUAGUUUGUACUAUAUCAGUACCAACUGCCACUACUUGAAGCACAUUUCGUUGAACGGAUGCAUCAAGCUGAACCGGGCAGAAGAGCGCUUGUCCCGAUUAGGUACAAUGAAGACGAUCGAUAGUAAAUGCAUUAGCUAA